AAGAGUCAAUUGAGGAGAAGAGUUUUGAAGGAAGUAGUGAGGGAGGAGAGGACCGACAGUCCCAUGAUUCAUUCUGUUCUUCCUCCUCCUCCAUCCUGGUCCAACUCUGAGGCAGGGAAUGUGGUGUUAAAGGGCUGAGCACUCUCCUGUGCAAGUCUGAGGAAGAGGAGAAAGUGGGACAGGGGUACUGAACUGAACAUCACGGUAAAACUGAAGUCUCCAUCCCCUGUCGCAAACAGCUGCUGCGUUGUCCCCCAAGACACAGACAGAACCCACAAAACAGAAGUCCCAUACAGUGCGUUGGACAUGGAGGCGGGACCUCAUGAGGGAGUGGCGGGGGCUGUGUUUGCAAACGAGACCUCCGAGACGAACCCCAGUGACACACCGUCAAGCAUACUGAACAGUCAGCAGUUAUCUGCUAUUGAGGAUGAGGAAGUCCUGAAUAAACUGUUGGAUAAAGCUGUGGAUUUUGAUGAAAGGCGAAUGAUCCGCGCUGCAUUGAGGGACUUGCUCAAGAAGAAGAGAGAGAAGCGAGAGAAAGAGCGGGGGUCCAGGCAAGAUGACCUGAGGCAGCAGGCUUCGAGUAAAGCAGGCACAGGACGGAUGGGAAUGAACAGAGGCCAGACCAGCAACCACCAGCAAAGAUCCCACAUGCACAGCCAACUCUCUGCAUCAACCACCAACUCCUUCACUAAAACAACUGGCAGCAUGGCCAACCCAGCUAUGGCACCAGCCCAUCAGUGUUCCCCUGUCGUUGCAGAACCCAACAUGAAAAAUGUCAAGCAGAUGUUACUGGAUUGGUGCAGGGCCAAAACCGAACCAUAUGAGGGGGUGGACAUCCGCAACUUCUCCUCCAGUUGGAGUGAUGGCAUAGCAUUCUGUGCACUGGUGCACAGGUUCUUCCCAGAUGCAUUUGAGUACUCCAUACUCAACCCCAACGCACGCAAAGACAACUUUGAGCUGGCCUUCAGCACUGCAGAAAGGCUGGCAGAUUGCCCCCCUCUGCUGGACGUUGAAGACUUGCUGCGGAUGCGUGAGCCUGACUGGAAGUGUGUGUACACAUACAUCCAGGAGUUCUAUCGAUGCCUGGUGGAGAAAGGCCUAGUUAAAACCAAAAAGAAACUCUAGAAACGGAUGUUUCGCAAUAUGGGGAUGGGGAGGGCAUAUAAGAGUUUGUAGUUUGCUGCAGUGCCUUUUAAGCACAUAGCUGGGAUUUUGUAUUAACUGUGUGUAUCUUUGUAUUGGUUUGUGUGUAUUAGCUGACACUUUCUGUGUAUGUGUUGAGAGGACAGCUGGCACGUAGGAUCAGUACAUUCCACUGAGAUUACACAUCUGAUAUAAUCUCAGUCAGAGCCAUGGAGAAUCUGGGAAUGGCUUUUUAUGGUGCUGCUGUGCCCUGACUACAAAGCCUUUUUGUGGAUAGGCUAUGUAUGGGUUAAAGAUACAUGAGGUCAAAUGUAAUGUGAACGAUGUGGUUUGAUUUGUGAACAUGUAUUUUGUUCUGAUCACAUUAUAGAGUACUACUGCAUUUAUAUUACGGGGAACCCACACCAUUUUCAGCCUGAAUGAGGAUUGUUGCCAAGUCAUUACUGUAUUUGGUCACUAUUUAAAAAUGGAAAAUAUGCCUGAAGUCUACUCCAUCAAAGUUUAGACCCAAAGGAAUCUUGAUCCAGGGCAAAUAAAAUGCAGUGACUGGCUCGCAGUAACACUGACUUAUUAUUGGCUAAGCUACUCAGGACCACCAUGUGCUCAGAGACAGACUAUAAUCAUACUAUAUAAACACAGAGUUGCCAUA